GAGGGCAGGGGACGUGACACCAUGGGAGCAGCUCCAGUCAGUGUCCUCCUAUCCCUGGGACACAGCACAGCAGCCGAAGGAGGAGAGGGAUUCAAAGACUUGUUGGACUGUAGGAAGACAGUGCUUCGAUCAGGAUGAACUUUGCUGCCCAGUUUUUCUAUUCGAGCUACUUGAGUGAACGACUUGAGCGUUUGUACUCACCCAGGCCUGCACUUAAAGACGGAGAUGAGAAGGACCCCUUCUGGCAGAGAGAUGAGUUGUGUCUGGGCCCCAGUCAGCCUGGAGGCUCUGACAAAUGUGGCCAUGUCACUAACGGUAAUGCAGUCCGUGGAUCCACCCUCAUUGAACCGGAGCGUCUGAAGGACUUCGGUGAGGAGGAGCUGGUCAAUGGGGAUGUGAAGGUCUAUAGCACCAAGGUGGUGGGGGGUCCUGCUGAGAUCGUGCUCAAGGAACCCCCUAAAACCAGACGUAUGAGCGAGUUCAGGAACAACCCCAGACCUCUUGUCCCGUUUCUCCGCUUUGAGGACAUCAGCGCCGCAGCCUUCAGGAUCCAGGCUGGGAUCCAGAAGACCCCCUGCACGUACUCCAGACUCUCCAAGCAGUACGGGAUGGAGAUCUACCUGAAGAAGGAGCACCUGCACUAUACAGGCUCUGUGAAGGAGAGAGGAGUCCGGUACAUGCUCAGCUCCCUCACACAGGCUCAGCAGAGGAAGGGCGUGAUAGUUGCCACUGACUGUAACUUCUCCAUGGCCGUGGCCCACCAUGCAGUAGAGCUGAACAUCCCGGUGUUUGUCAUCAUGCCGUCAUGCUGCUCCUCGCCUCGCCUCCGGAUCUACAGAGACUACGGAGCCAUGGUCAUCUCCUACGGCAGCACCGGCCACGACUCCCAGAACCACGCCCGCCAUCUGGCCUCAGAGAACGGAUACCUCUACCUGGAAGAAGAGGAAAAUGAAUCGUACCUGGCAGGACUGGGCACUGUUGGCAUGGAGAUCUACGAGCAAGUGUCUAAACUGGACGCAGUGGUUAUUCCGGCAGCUGGACAGUACGGGCUACUGGCUGCUACAGCUGCAGCCAUCAAACACCUCAACUCCAGAAUUCUUGUCAUAGGAAUUGAACCAGAAGGCUUCCCUCUGCUGCAACAAUCUCUGAAAAGUAACGGCCCAAUCAAAAACAUGAACAGCAACCCCAAUAAGAAACUCUAUGGAGAUCUAAUGGAGCAUUCCCUGGGUGAUAACACCUUCCAGCUGGCAAAGAAACUAGUGGAUAAAGUCGUCUCUGUCAGUGGGAGGAUUCUCUGGUGGCGAUGCUGCGGUUUCAGGAGUUUGAACGCUCCACUGUGGACACAGAGGGAGCCAUGGGACUGGCAGCCAUCUUGGCUGUGUUGCUAA